CAUUUUGAACAGCUCAUAGACCACAAUGAUGCAGGGCUCGGAACCUUCCAGCAGCGGUACUGGAUGAACUGGGAGUUCUAUGAGCCUGGUGGUCCCAUCAUUUUGAUGAUAUCUGGAGAAAGUGACCCAGAUGGCUUCGAAAUAUGCACUACCAAUGAAACCAUCAACAGUCUCAUUAGC